GCCAGUGAAUUUCCUUCGAGUUGAUAGAUCGAUAUGUGACGUCACCAUCAGACAGGCUUCUCAAUGUAGAAGAAUGAAAGCAACACCGUAAUGGAGUCUACAACACAAUAAGAAACAAUGUCAUCACCAACAGAAGUUGUUUCCAGCAUAGAGGAGCCGCAAGAAAAGGCGCCAACUCAGACUGCCUAUACCUUGGAAACAAACAGACGUCUACAGAUAGACCUGAGCGUCGAUAAACUAUGCUACACAGUGAAUCCAAAGAAUUUAAACUUUUUCCAAAAAUUGUCCACUUUACAGAUGCCAUGGGAAGUAACGGAAUGUUCUGGUCCACAAAGAGUCUUAGACAAUGUAACAUUUACAGCCAAAUCUGGACAACUGCUGGCCAUUAUGGGAAGUUCAGGAAGUGGUAAGACCAGUUUAUUAGAUGUUUUGGCAGGACGCAUAACAGUUGGCGAGAUACUUGGGGAUGUCUUUUUGAACGGUGUUCAACAGAACAAUUCCAUGAUUCGAUCGUUCUCAGCAUACGUUAAACAGGACGAUAGACUAUUACCUCAUUUGACGAUAAAGGAAACACUUAUGUUUGUUGCAGAAUUAAAGCUGCCAACAACUUUUACGAGUAAAAAAAUAGAGGACAGGGUAGACAGUGUGAUAGCUGAACUCGGAUUAAGACAUGUAGCAAAUUCAAAAGUUGGAAAUGCUGAGAGCCGUGGUGUGUCUGGUGGUGAGAGACGUCGUGUCAGUAUUGGAAUACAGUUAUUGCUUGAUCCAAGCAUAAUUUUUCUCGAUGAACCAACUUCAGGUUUGGAUGCCUUUACAGCUCAUCAUCUGGUCGAAACUUUAUCAAAGAUGUCAAGAAAUAACAGAACAGUCAUUGUGUCUAUACAUCAACCAAGGUCUGACAUAUUUGAGCUGUUUGAUCGAGUGAUGAUUAUGACAAAAGGAAAUGUUGUUUAUAAUGGCGAAUCUGGAAAAAUGGUUGAUUAUUUUACAAAUCUUGGGUAUCCUUGUCCUCAUUUAACAAACCCUGGAGAUUAUUACAUUGAUUUGGUUACCUUGGAUACAUCAUCAGAAGAAACAGAAAAGUCCAGUCGACAAACAAUGGAAAAUCUGUUGCAGAGUUACACACAGAAGAGGUCCAUUGUGUCAGAACAGGAUUUAUCAGUUCACACAGAAGAAGAGGUUCCAAUGAUGGAUAUGUUGAACAUGAUUAAUAAGUUCAGUCAAUCUCCAGGGUAUUUUAGACAGUUUUCCGUGUUGUUCAGGCGAUGUACACGCAAUAUAUUAGAAGAUUACCUUAACCUGUCGGCACAGUUUAUCCAGGCGUUUGCCAUGUCUUUUGUUGUUGGUUUGGUUUAUUAUAAAUUGGCAUAUGGUCAGAGUAAUAUACGUGAUUGGUUUGGGUUAAUGUACAUCCUAGCGGCAUUAUACCCAUAUAUGGUCAUACUUGACGUUAUAGCCCAAUAUCACAAUGAAAGAAACUAUUUGUACUGUGAGCUUGAAGAUCAUCUGUAUGCUAUAGGUCCAUACUACUUUGCUAAGAUUUGUAGUGAGCUGCCAUUACAUACGUUCUACGUCAUAGUUUAUGUCAUACCAGCGUAUUUCUUAGCUGGACUUACUAAUGACGUUUCAGUGUUCUUUCAAGUGUUCGGGUUAUUAUACCUGAUGAUAUACUGUAGCAGAUCACUUGCUAUGCUGUCAUCGGCAAUAUUGCCUAACUUUCAACUUUCGUGCUUUUUUGCACAGACUUUCUUUUCAAUGUUUAUAAUGUCGGCGGGAUUUUUCAUCAACCUGGAUAAUAUAUUUUCAGGUUUACAAUGGGUGUCAAACAUUUCCUACUUAAAAUGGGGCUUUCAAGGUUUAGUGUAUGCUGAAAUCCCAAAACUAACUUUUGAAUGUAGUGUUAACGCUACAGUACCUUGCAUAGAAAAUGGUGAUCAGGCUAUUGUACUGUAUGCCUUGGAUGGCGGCUCUGUUCUGGAAUCUGUAUUAGCAAUCUUAGGAUCUAUAUUUGCAUAUUUGUUUUUAUAUUUCAUAUGUUUAAGGUUUAUUCCACAAAAGCCACAUCAAAUGUAAUGCCAAUCACAUUUUGUUAAUUAUUAUACAACGACAAAUUGAUUACAUAUCAAUUCUCAUAUUUAUUAGAACGGGUUUAUUUAUUAUUGACUGAAUGAUAUUGAUCACAUGUUUUUGGUCAUGACAAAUGAUUGAUAUUAUAUAUCGAUAGCAGAUUAUUUGUAUGAGGCUAGAGCGAGAAUCUUUUUGGUCACGCCUCAUGCAGGUAGACUGCCCUUUUCUCUCUGUGAGUGCCAUUCCUUUCCAUCUCUCAUCGAUUUUGUAAUUUUCUUUAUGUGGAAUUUACUGCUUUUACUUUUUAUGUUCUGCUGAAAAUGAUUACAAUAAGGUGGUUAAAACUCAUUGAAAAACAACAUUUGUGCAUUCCAGUAACGAAAAUUUCCGUUAAUCAAAGUCAGUUAUAUUGGAAGUUAACUCGAAUAGAUGAAAAUUUGUUAGCUCCUCAAACAUAUUUUUUAUAAUCUUAUAUAUAUGGACCUAUAAAGAAUAAUAAUUCCUCCCAUCACGAGGUAUUAUUUUUGUUAUCAACAUAAAAAUUAUCAACAUGUAUAAAUUUAAAUCAAGCAAAUUUGAUACCCACGAUUACUAACAUUCAAGCAGCAGUGGUAUUGAACAAGAGAAAAUCAAAUUGAAACAUGCAACAUUUGCUGUGUUCGCAGUUCUUUUCGUCAAGAUUACAGUCUGAAAGUUUGGAGUUUAAUGAAAGAUAUGAAAUGAUAAUUUGGUUCUCCUAAAAAAUUAUAAAAACACUUUAUAAUUUCCUUCGUCCGAAGCGCUUUUCUGGAUUUACCUUCUUCAGAAACACGCAAAAUCGAAUAGUUGAAAGCCAAGGAUCUACGAGAGCCAAAACAGUUGAAGAGCUAUAUUACCAAAACGUACCUAAAAAUAAUAACCAUAAACGUUUAAUUGUCGACAUGAAUUGUUCUAAUAUAGUGAUUUAUCGUGUUAUUUUAUUUCCUGUUCUUUUUGGGUAAUGUUCAAAUGUGUGCAAACAAGGCAUAUUCAAGAAAUUGUUGAAUUUCAAUGUUUGAACAAGCAUAACCAAUUGGAAAAGAUAAGUACAGCUUUAAUUUGAUCGAGGUUACUACUGAUAGACUGUAAAUUCCCGAUGGUAGCCUCCACACAGUAGUUAUUGUUUAAGCGUUGGCAUGAUUUAUUAUGAUCUUUAUAAUAAAUUCUCUAUUGGUAAAUAAUUUGUAUAUUAUAAAAGCUACGGUUGUAAAUCUCCCUUGCAAAACUAGUUUAAUAAAAAAAAUAAGAAGAUGUGGUAUGAUUGGCAAUGAGACAAAUAGCCAACAGAGUUCAAAUGAAGCUGAUUGAAGUUAAGUUUUGUUUAGGUUUUUCGUUUAUUGUUUCUUUCAUUUAUACAUUUCCCUGCGCUUCUAUAUAUCUUGGAUCCCCUUUAGGCUCUGAGUGUACCUGGUCGAUAGAAAUCGAGAUGUGCACGCUGCAAAAUCAGUACAAAGUCGUCAAAUUUUAUGUCAGCUCAUAUAUCUCCACCAAGGUUCAAAGAUUGAAGGAAGUUUUUUUAAAUGUUAUAACCCUUUACUGUAAAUUCCUGUUUUGCUAAAACUUUGGACGUCUGAGACUCUCUAUCAAUGAAAAAAUGUAUGCUUAAUUGUUGAUAUAUACUUGAUGAUGAUAUACAAAUAUGUACUAGUUAAUAUCGGAUGACAAAGGGCUUUCAUUAAUCUUUCCAUUUGGAAAAGAUAAACAAAUACGUUAAUGGCGUUUCAAUUUUUUAAAUCGAUGACAUUGUUGAUAUUGUUUUCAUGAAUCUGUCAGGGUAACAGUCAACUCGUGGUCAGUGUAUUUGCACAUGUGGGCUACGUCAGUUAUUAAAUAUUUGUACAAUUCAAUAAUGGUAGUUAAUUAUUUAUUUAGUGUUGGUCUAAUUGAAGAAUCAAUGUUAAUGACGUUCCAAGAUUUUGAAAUCGAAGACAUUGUUUUAAAAGAUAUCAUUGUUCGAUACCAACAUCAGAAUACUCAAUAAGAAUGCACGUCUUAUUAAUUUUUAUUAACUGUUAUUUAUCAUUAUUGUUUAAAAAUAAAUCAUGGAUAUUUUCUCAUUUCGUUGUUGAAUGAAACCUUUUGCAAUUGCCAAAAUAAAUCUGAUUAUUUAUUUUUUUAAAUCUGCAUUUCAAGUAGAAACAGACAAUGACAAUAUAAGUGCAACUGGUACAGCAUAUUAGAAUACUUAUUUAAUAGUUAGGUCUUUUGAUUAAACAAAUCACAAACAUGUUAUCGAGCAAAAUAUUUAUUUCUGUAAUAAACAGAGAACAUGGCUAUUUCUGUUGCGGAAUUUUUAUAUGGUUGGCAGUAAUUGAUUUCAAUACAGGAAUUUUAAGCAAUAAUACUAUAAUGCUUUACUGAAUCACAGGAAUGGGGGUAACUUCAAAUGUUUGUAUUGAAAGGCAGAAUCUUAAACAUAGGUGUCAAUGGGUUGGUGCUAUUUUUUGUUUAGGAAAGCAUUUUUAACGACCAUUAAAUGCCUGAACAGAAUAUAACUAGGUCUUAAGAUAAUAUCGAAAAUAAUUCUUUUCUUAACAUAUGUAGUCAGGAUGAGCAUUGGUACCGAUUUCUGUGAAAUCUACUUAACCAUGCCAUUUAAUGUAUUUGAGUUCUAUAAAAGUUGAUGACAUUUUUUUGGCAUCUGCAAUUUAAAAAAUUUAAGAAUACUCUUUUAAAAAAAGCUUAUUUCACGAUGUUUGAAUUGUAAGUUAAUUGCACUAGUAAAGACCAGGACAUACAGCACAGAAAACUAAAUAUGGAGCAAUACGAACCCAAUUAAAAGGCAGUUUACAGAGUUUGUCUGGCUAAAUAUAGGAUAGCUAUAGUUUUGAUUAUGUCGUAAAUGCAUCAUAUAUGACAAAUUAGUCAGCAUUAGUUGUAUACCUGCUACUGUUUCAGUCCAACUUUAUAAUCGAUUUCACCUGUUCUUUGUGGUGAGACGUUGCUUAAGUUUAUAUUUGGAAUAGAAUUCUUCAAAAGGUACAGAGAUAUUUACUGUUUCUGUUGACAUCUGAUAUAGAUGUUAGGUUUCAAAUGUGCCAGCAUGCCCUUUUGGUAUAAUGAGUUUGGUGUAACUUAAGACCUAUUCAAUUUCAUACAGACUCAAAUAAGUGAUAACUGGGCUAUUGAUGGAAUAAUUUUCUAACUAACACAUGUUUCGGAUAUUGAAAAUUGCACCUUCUACACCAGGUUUCACUUACUAUUAAACAGGACAUUUACCCUGACUAGAAGUGGCGAUAGUGUUUGCUGAUUCUCCAAUUUUUGCUAUUGUUGAUCAUUAUUUUGUUGUUGAUUUAUUUGUUGUCUUGUUAUGAAAAAGAAUUCAAAGUAUUGUUACAAGGAAGUUGUAGAACAUUUAUUAUUAAAAUGUUAUUUGUUG